AUGUCUGCAGAUUUUGUUGUCUUCGCACAGCCAAGUUUCGAUCCCAAUGAGUACGCGAACGCAAUUCUAGCUGGGGAACCAUAUCCUCCGCAAUCGGGAAAGACGAAGCCUGCCAAAUCCGCGAGUUUCGAGCCUGCGAGCGAGGACGUCUCCGUGGCGAUCUCGAAGCUGACGUUCAGCAUCGACGACGUAGAGAAGCAGGUCAAGAAUGUGGUUACGACACACCACGAGGAACUCCUCGUGCAGGCCGCUGGCGUGACGGAACUGGAGGGAUCGCUGUCGUCCGUGAGCAACGGACUGAACGAACUCGAUUUAUCAUUGGAGAAGUACGUGUCACGUACUUUUCGCUCAACCCUCCAGACCCAUGUUUCUAACCUGGAGCGCCUGCAGCAGGCGUCGGAUAUACUCCGGCGCAUGUCUCGGUUCGUGAUCCUCACACGAAGAUUGGAGAUCCAGCUUGCGGAGAUGAACAAGGGUGAGGCCAGCGACACCGCCGAUACCCCCAAAAGCAAAAAUGAUGCAGACCGGCCAUUGUCGACCCUGACCCACACAGAUUCUGCCCUCGGGAAUGCUGACGAAGAUGAGAAGGAGCGCACUAUCUCCAAAGCAGCGUUGACAGUCGCCGAAUUGACGGCGCUACUGGAUAACGGCCCGACUGAUCAGCGCGCUGACACCGAGGAAGAAUCGAACACUGGGAAGCGGGUCUCUCUCACAUCUAUCAAGGCCGUCGCUGCGCAUUUACCAUACAUCGAUGCUGCGCGUGCACGAAUUACAACGGACAUGGAAACAAUGGUUAUCACCGGUCUGACGACCCUGAAUCAGUCUCUUCUUGCAUCAUCGUUGCAAACAGCCCACAACCUUCGUGUCCUCCCUGAACUAGUACAGAACCUUGUGACUGAUCUCUCUGAUGCGGUCGAAAGUCGCAUUCGUUCGGCUUUCGACAUCACGCGUAUCUCAAAGGAGGUGGUUGCGAAAGAUCCGGCGUCUGCCUCUCCAGGCGUACUCUACAAGUCCCGUGUGCGCACCGAACCCACAAACGUAACCGCCCCGCAAUGGACAGCCGCCCUAUGGAACAGCCUCGAGAGCCUCAUCGAGGAGAUGGCGGACUGUUGCGUCAAGGUAUACACCUUGGAGAAGGUGUUGAAGUUGAAACGAGAUACGGUGACGCAGAUCGUGUUCUUGGACGAAGCGAUGAAGGUGCUCGAAAAUAAGCCCAGUGCAAUUUUUUGGGCCUCUCUUGGCCGCUCUCUGGAGAAGCAGGCUCGUGACUCCGCCAAGGGUUCUAGCUUCCUCCAGCAAGCACUGAGUUCAGGAUAUCCCCGAUUGCUUCGCCUGUUCCAAUCUUUCUUCUCGAAGAUAGCCGUAGAGACAGAUACCGUCUAUACGCAGGCGCAACAGAGUCCAGAAACAGUGAUAGUCCUCCGCGCGCUCUCUAACUUUGAGUCGCUUUACCUGUCCCGUUCGUCAAACCGCCUUAACGAAGCAAUCGGCCAAGCAUUCUCUGGAGGGACACGGUCCCCGCCGGGGAUGGCUGAAGGCAUAAACAUUGCACGCACCGUGGCGAACGAGCUGGACUCGGCCAAGUUCGACCCGCUGCUGGUGAGGUCCGUGGCCAAGUAUAUCACGAGGAGCAUGGAGCUUUUCCUGUCGAGGGCAGACAGCAUCACCACCAGGGAGCGGUCGGCUGUUACGUUGGUGGGACCUGCGGCCACCGCGCAGCAGGUGGUGAAUGGCCAGCUCGCGACGUGUCUGUAUCAUUCGUGGUACCGCCUGCAGAAGCUGCAAGACGAGUACCCGGAAGGCGUCAUGUCGAUCCUGAAGCCAGGCAUCACGAACAUCCUCAGCGCGUUCGAGCAUAUCGUCGAUCCGCUGCUCGCAGCAAUCCGCCGCGAGGUAGGCGCGAUUAUCGCGAAACUGCACCGCAUGGACUUCGGGCAGACGGCUGAUCCGAUGUCGGCGAUGAGUGGCGGGCCCAGUCCGUACAUGAAAGACGUUGCAGAGAAGCUCUCUUUCAUCAAGGAGGAGAUCUUGAGUCUGCUGAACGUACCGGAUGUGAGCCGUCAGUGGAUCAUUUCCAUCGUCAAAUAUGUGAUCAAUACAUUCGUCUUGCACGCGUCGAUAGCGAAGCCGCUGAGCGAAAGCGGCAAGCUGCAGCUCACGAGCGACAUGACUGAGCUCGAGUUCAGUCUGAGCGCAUUCAUGAGCGACAAGACGCAGACCAAGCGCGGCGUGGACUGGGACAGCAUCGGCGACGAUUAUCGUGCGUUGCGGGCGAUGCGGCAAUUGCUGUUCCUCGACAACACGAUGCUGGCAUCGCCGAAGCACACCAUAGGCCUUCCCCCACUCAUCGUGCUGCACCACAUCCUCGUGCGCUCCCCGAUCCCGCUGCCGCACACGUUACACGGGUGGGCAGAAGCGGAGUAUGUCAAGUGGGUGAACGAGCACUCUGAGGAGGAAGCGUGGACGCUCGUCGAGAGCGAUCUCACCCACUGGGAGAAGAUGACCGAGGUUGAGGACGGCGACCCCGCGGCCGCGGCAGAGUAUAUACAGUUGGCGCGGGCGGUAUUGGACAAUGCGGCAGGUAGGCCGGGGGCAUAG